CGAGGUCAGGUAGACGGAGCGAAGAUGGCGACCGCCUACGAGAGAUACAAUUUGCACACAACCCCAGAGAAGUUCUUCAUUGAGGCCUGCGAUGAGGGAGCUGAUGCUGUGCUGGCAAUCGACAGGGUCUCAAAUGAGAUGACACUUACAGGUAAAAAAGAUGUUCCCCCCUCAGCAGUCACCAGGCCUAUAUGUGGCAUCAUGGGAACCAUUCGCCUAGUAGCAGGGAUGUACCUGAUUGUCAUCACCAGGAAGAGGAAUGUGGGCAGCCUCUUGGGCCACGCUGUGUGGAAGGCUGUGGACUUUGACGUGAUCUCUUACAAGAAGACAGUGCUGCAUCUCUCAGAGAUCCAGUCUCAGGAGAAUAAGACUUUCCUGUCCAUGAUUAACAAUGUGCUGACUACAGACGGCUUCUACUUCUGCACUGACUACGACCUGACACACACUCUGCAGCGGCUGGCCAACACCAGCCCUGACUUCCAGGAGAUGAGUCUGCUGGAGAGGGCAGAUCAGAGGUUUGUGUGGAAUGGGAACCUCUUGAGAGAGCUGGCUGCGCAGCCCGAGCUUCAUAAGUUUGCACUUCCUGUUGUCCAUGGAUUCAUUGUCAUGAAGCCCUGCCGUAUAAACGGAAAGAUCUUUGAGUGGAUCCUGAUAUCCAGGAGGAGCUGCUUCCGGGCCGGAGUCAGAUACUAUGUUCGAGGCAUCGAUUCUGAAGGCCACGCUGCCAACUUUGUGGAGACUGAGCAGAUAGUUUUGUAUGAAGGGGCAAAGGCUUCGUUUAUACAGACACGAGGCUCCAUGCCCUUCUACUGGAGUCAGAGGCCCAACCUCAAAUACAAGCCUAAACCUAUAAUCAGCAAAACCACCAAUCACCUGGAUGGUUUCCAGAGGCAUUUCGAUGGUCAGCUCCUCAUCUAUGGGAAGCAAACUAUUCUGAACCUGGUGAAUCAGAAGGGCUCAGAGAAGCCACUAGAGCAGGCCUUUGCAAAGAUGGUGUCUGGCAUGAACAACGGUAUGCUCAGUUACAUUGCCUUUGACUUCCACAAAGAGUGUAGCCACAUGAGAUGGGACCGUCUCCAGAUAUUGGUGGAUUCUGUUGCUGAGACACAAGAGGAAUACAGUUACUUCAUGGUGAACUCCGACGGGAAGACGGUGGCUCAGCAGAGGGGGGUCUUCCGCAGUAACUGCAUGGACUGUCUGGACAGGACCAACGUGAUCCAGAGCCUGCUGGCCCGACGCUCCCUACAGUCUCAGCUUCAGAGGAUGGGGGUUCUGAACGUGGGUCAGCGCAUUGAAGAGCAGGCUGAAUUUGAAAAGAUCUACAAGAACGCAUGGGCUGACAAUGCCAAUGCAUGUGCAGUGCAGUACGCAGGAACUGGAGCCUUGAAAACAGACUUCACAAGGACAGGGAAGAGGACCAGGUGGGGGCUGCUGAUGGAUGGCUGGAACUCAAUGAUCCGCUACUACAAAAACAACUUCUCUGAUGGCUUCAGACAAGAUUCCAUUGACCUGUUUCUGGGAAACUUUGCCGUCGAUGAGACUGACGGACCAACUCCCCUUCGUGUGCAGAAGGACUGGAAGUUCCUUACGCUGCCCAUCGUUAUGCUGGUUGCAUUUUCCAUGUGCAUCGUCUGUCUUCUAAUGGCUGGUGACACAUGGACAGAGACCUUGGCUUACGUGAUGUUCUGGGGGGCUGCGAGUGCGAUCACAGCUACUAUCAUCCUGUUUAAUGGCCAAGACUUUGUGGACGCCCCCAAACUGGUUCACAAGGAGAAGCUGGACUGAAUGAGUGAAAAUACAUGUGCGUGUGCGUGUAUGUGAGGAGUAUCUGGGCCCAGCAGGUUCAUGUACCUUAUAACCUUCACCAUCUUCUUCCCAGGGUCUGGUCUCCAGACUAAUCUACGCUCCAGACGUUCUCAUCCAAAAUUCUUUUUCUACCAUUUGUCUACUACAUAUUUUACUUUGUUCAGUUGUACUGCACAUCACAUAAAACGGUAUACAUGAUCAUAUCUAUGCUGCACAACCUCCUUCACCUUGUUUACAUCAAUUUCCUACAUUCCUCCAAGUGUUUCUUUAGGUUGGUUUUGUUCGUGGUUGUCACUUUUACACAGGGUCUUUGAUGGCACUUUAGUUAACUGUUUCAGUGUUCAAAAAAUCUCACUGUACUGCUGAUUUUCUUAUUUCCUUAUCUGUAAAAUGUUUUAAUUUUUUUUUAUUGUGCUUCAUUACACCUUUUGGUUAAAGCCCCUGCACACGCACAUAUUUUCAGAUUUUCUUAAACCUCCAAUCAGGUUAAAGUUUGGUGGAGCUAAAUUGGAAAUUACAUGUCAAUGAACUCAUCAUACUUAUAAAAAAUGAUAAAGGUUGUAAGAUGUCCCAGGUACAACAAACACAACAGAAGAGUGAAGGAGAUGUCGAGUACAGUUUGUAAAUGUACACAGUCUUGAGAAGUCUUUUAACACACAAAGAUGAAAACACUGUAUAAAGUUAACAUUGUAAACAUUUUAGCAUGUCUCCAAACAUGCUAAAAUGUUAAACAUGUCACGAACUAUGUUUAUUUGGAGUUGGGCAGGUAGUGUACAAGGGUUGAUCAGAGUUUUUCCACUGCAAACAGCUGCCUGCUGCUGGAAGAGAGGCUGAUGGGCAGGAUUUUGGACCGUAAAAACCAAACUGUGAGCUAAAAACUGCUCGUCAUUGCCUCGUAUUGGUUGGAAUUGUCUGUACUUAUCACCACAAACAACCCCUUUUACAUUAUGCAGUCAGUUUAUGCAUUAUUGAUAUAAAAAAAACGAAUUAAUGCAGCUUAAAAAAUACUUUAAAGUCAUUAUGUUCAUCCCAAAAAGAUGAUUUAUUACUGUAACCCACUCUUAAAGACGUGGUACAUGCAAUUUUUGUUAACAUAUGUGAUGCAUCUUACUGAUUACUAUAGCAGUCCUUACAGUAUAUACAUGUAACAAGCCUUACAAACUUGCAUAUGAAAUAUAAAUAUUUGGAGUGAACAGUAUGUGUUUCUAUGAAGCUGACUUGGGAGAGUAGCUAUGAUGAUUUUGCACUGUGGAUAAACGUGCUGCCUGCAUACAUUUGUUAAUGAUUUAUCCAGUUGUAUGGAGCGUUGGUAGUUUUGCUAACCUGGUUCCAGAACAAUGCAUCCCAACCCACAUCUUCAAUUUGUUUAGUGAUUGGAAUUACUGUGGCGUUGAGCUUAUUUACCCCCCUCAAGACACAUGAUGAUUAAAACAUGUUUUUUCCCACAAAUUAAGUAAUAAAAAUAACUUUGACCCCACCACUGCUGCUUGCACUAACUCAGGGGUCGGCAACCUCUUCAGGCCGUCUGCAGUAGCUCCCUGUGGCUGUGACAAAAUAAUUAUACAAAAUGAAUUACUGAUUCCUUUACAUUUUUUUUUUAAUUUAUCAUUGCCAUCAGCCCAUUGGUAUUUGUAUUCUUCAGUUGUAAAAGUGUGCAGCUAAUACAUGGCUUUAAAAAGUCAACUAAAAUGUGUAUCAUAACUUACAAAACUUACAAAAGUCUAAGGCCCGGCACCUUAACCUCGAAAUUUUGUCAACUUCAAGACGAGUUUUGAGUUUUUCUAGCUCGGCGAGCUUUCGAUUCCAAAUCUCCUGAGAUAUAUCUUAAAAAAUCAUAUUAUUAAAUGCUCAUGGCCUGUUUGUAAUGUACACAGGCUAAUUUAGACUGAGCAGAUUUAUUUUCAUUGUUAAGCUCAACAUAAGGUUUGCAGCUCCAUCCCAUCAACAAUGGCUCUUUUGUCAGUAAAGUUUACCAAGCCCUGCACUAGGGUGAUGGGCAGUGCAGACUACAGACAGCCUGCAGUAGUCAUUUUGGCAUCUGGUCUUUUUUUUUCAUUAGAGGAAAAUAUCAGAGAUAUCAGCCUUAUGUUUAGGCCCCCAGACUCAAAUUAGGAGGCUGUCAUUUACAAAAUCGGUUGGUGUAUCAGUAACUUUAGUUAGCAUCUUUAUGUUGUUUGUCAGCUUGUAAUAUCUGCUGCAAUGUUACAGUCUGGUCUGCUCAGAUUAUAGAAAAGUGCACAGAAAAUCUGAGAUUCAAACUGACUCCAGGUAAGUUAGGUGAGGUAGGUUAGGUUAUGUGCUCAAAAACACCGUUAAUACACUGCAGAAAAAAGAAAAGUUGGGUGAACUCAAAAUUUCAAGGCAACAAACUUCGAUAAAAUUUCAAGUUGGACAUUAAACUAGAUAUUUU